UUUUGCGACCUCAGCGCGAUCUUUGUAAAAUGUCUAAAACUUGUAAAUAAAGUUGAUAUUUUCUGCAGAUCUGGUAACGUUGCAUCAUUGUUUAUUUUCAUGCUAAAGCAUCUUUUUUUGCCGCGUUCAUGUUCUCUUUUUCAACUUGUUGGUAGAAUCAAAAUGUCUUCAGCACCACCCGCCAAGAAGGCGAAAGCAGAAACUUCCGAGUCCAGUAAUGGCUCUUCUUCAAGUGAGGGAGGAUUUGAAGAAUUUUUGAAACAAAUAGAAGAGGAUCGAAAGAAGGCUGCCAAAUCGGUUUUGGAGUUCAAAUUUAAUAAAAAACGAGUUCGAAUUCUCUCAAAAUCCAAAGAAGUUCCGGAGUGGGGAAAAGGUGUCAUUUAUUGGACUUUCAGAGACCAAAGAAUUCAUGACAACUGGGCAUUCUUAUUCGCACAAAAAUUAGCACUUAAAAAUGAUGUUCCUCUCCAUUUUGCCUUUUGUCGAUUGCCAAAAUUCUUAGAUGCUACAUUGCGACAUUUCAAGUUCAUCUUUGAAGGUUUAAAAGAAACAGAGAAAGAAUGCAAAAAAUUGAAUAUUCAAUUCCAUUUCCUCAUUGGUUGCGGAAAAGAUGUUUUACCUGAUUUUGUCAAGAAGCAUAAAUUAGGAGCUGUUGUGAUAGACUUUAUGCCUCUUCGUGGGCCAAUGGCAUGGGCUGAUGAGCUAUCAAAAAGCCUUCCAGAUGGCGUCCCCUUGGUCCAGGUUGACGCGCAUAACAUUGUCCCCGUUUGGGAGACUUCCGAAAAACUGGAGUAUGCUGCCAGGACAAUCCGUAACAAAGUCAAUGGUAAACUCCCUGAAUUCCUGACUCAAUAUCCUCCUGUUAUCAAACAUCCACAUUCUGGUGACUUAAAAGCAAGUCCAAUCGAUUGGGAAGAAGCUGAGAAAACACUAGAAGUUGACAAGUCUGUCGGACCAGUGAAGUGGGCCAAGCCUGGCUACAGAGGAGGCAUGCAACAGCUGUAUACUUUUGUCACUAAGCGCAUUAAAAAUUAUGGAACUGCCAGGAAUGAUCCAAAUAAAAAUGCUUUGAGUAUGCUUUCCCCAUGGUUUCAUUUUGGCCAUAUCUCAGUGCAGCGAGCAAUCCUGGAAGUGAAAAAAGUGAAAGGCUAUUCUGAAAGUGUUGCCGCAUUUUGCGAGGAGGCAAUCGUCCGACGAGAAUUGUCCGACAACUUUUGUUUUUAUAAUAAAAACUAUGAUAGUAUCAAAGGAGCUUAUGACUGGGCGAAGAAGACUUUGAAAGAUCAUAGUGGCGACAAAAGACCAUACUUGUACACCAAAGCUGAGUUGGAACAGGGCCACACACAUGAUGACCUGUGGAAUGCUGCUCAAAACACACUAAUCAAUGAUGGCAAAAUUCAUGGGUUCAUGCGAAUGUACUGGGCAAAAAAAAUUCUCGAAUGGACGGAAUCUCCUGAACAAGCUCUUCAGUAUGCCAUUUACCUGAAUGACAAGUACAGUCUCGACGGACGUGAUCCCAACGGUUUUGUAGGAUGCAUGUGGUCAAUUUGUGGUAUCCACGAUCAAGGAUGGAGUGAAAGAGCAGUAUUUGGCAAAAUCCGCUACAUGAAUUAUGAAGGUUGCAAAAGGAAAUUCGAUAUUAAUGGGUACAUAAUCAAACAUGGAGGAAAAGUUUAUACCAAGGGUAAAGAGAACACUAUGGAUAAAUUUGUCAAGAAGAAGAAGUAAAUUCUUGUCCAAAAAAUUUCAUUGUCACGGAGUUAAAAAUAAUUCCGGCUAAACUGCUCAUCACUGACUCUCAGUUCACUCUGUCUCAAAAAUUUAUCUGCAGAUCUGUUAUUCCCCGUAUUCAAGUUGAGGUUGAAAAAUACGGGAAUAAAUGAAAUCCUCUCGAAACUGAAAUUAGGAAAGUUUUUCAAACGUUUCAGUUCAAACUUAAAGUACAAAAAAACGCAUACCGGUUGUUUUUCCGUUAGAAGUUUUAGCAAUAUUUUCAAUUUAUAACUGUAAAACUAAUACAUCACAUUUCAGUCCAACUGUUUUAUAUUUUUGUGAUCUUAUCCCACUCUAUUUUUUAUGUUUUGCUCCACAAAAUAUUCAGCCAGUAAUUUUCUAUGAUGUAGCCCAGUGGAUUUUGAAACUGUAACAUAGAUUUGAAGCAAUCAUCGAAUUGAUUAACUUGAUGUCAUUGGUUUACCAGUAUUUAAAUAUAUUGUUGUUGUUGAAAAUGUUUUAUUACUUUCAACAUAACUGAAUUUUACAUAUUACACAGUGCUCUCAUUAAUUAGCUCUUCAAAAAAUGUGAGUAAUCUUUUAAGGCACCCGACUCAUACAAGUAGUGAAAAGACAACUGUAUUUUAAAACUCCUUUUAUUUUAAUUUUUAUACUGUGACUUUCUGCAAGUAAUCUAGGGCAUUCAAUUCCAUCUUUUGCACUUUUUUUAAAGAGAUGAGACAAAACACAAGUCAAGUUCCUUACCUUUACAUCCAAUUCUCCAUUCAAAAACUUAUUACUACUAACUAUUUUGCACAAACUUAAGCCGAACAAUCUUUUUUAUAGUCCCCUUUGAUGUUCUCCAUGACAGUUUGCCUCUGUAUAAUCAUUCUUCCCUCUUUUCUCUCCCCUCCCUCUCUUUUUCCAAUGAGAGAUGGACGAUUUUGAUCCCUCUACAAUUGGAAAGGUCCUUUUUUUACCAUCAGGUUUACAUUUUAUUGUACCCUUUUAAACAAUUCAAGUCACCAUAAGAUCUCCAAAAGAGCUCUGUUCUUACCUAUUUAAUUCCUAGAACUGUCUGUAAUCGGUGUUCUCAAUUGACGACCAAAGUAUUUUCAAAGUCGUUCAUUCUCAUCAUGUUAAACUUUCUGCACUUGUCUUUUUAUGUUAAUAUCUCCUCAUUUCUUCGCAUUAUCUCAAUGUUUUAGUCCAGUUCAUCGCUAUUGCGCAUCAGCACUUUUGUAUCUGAUGGAAAUUAUUGUUUCUUUUUGCUAGAUUAAACGGGUGAUAGUUGUAAACAAAGUUAUUUACUUCUAUGUUUAGUUGUCUAGAUUUUUCUAGCUUUUAACAUCUGAACACCUAUUUUUCUUGUUUUUGCCUGUUAGUAUUUAAGUAAUUAUUCCUUAUUGUUUGCACAUGUUAUAUCAUGUUUCAUAUCUCCCUUUUUUCUCUUAAUUUAUUUACUUUUUUUGGCCUCUAUGAUUCAUUCAUUUAAGUAUUUUUAGUUAUUUUUUUACCGAAUAAAAAAAAAUAAUGCAGUGCAUAA